UCCACUCUCCCAGACCCCAGACUCUCUUUGGGAAAAAAAAGGGGGAAAAUGGAUUGAUUAAUUCGAAUCCUCAUGGAAUUAGGUCACUUUGUUACCCCAUAUCCGUUGGAAUCAAUCAGAUGGAUGUUUUACAUUGGGAUGGAACCCUUUCUGCAAAGGAUUUCAGAGUUGGUGCUUUCGCAUUUUCUCAGAAAUGGGAAAGUCUUAACUCUGGUUUUCCUCCAUGGGUAUGGGUUCUUAGUUCUAAACACCCUUGGCUUGCUUCGCCUGAGGAGGAGGGCUACUUGUCACUGGAAAAGAUAUGCAUUUCCAGGCCAAAUGAGGAAGAUAUUGAUCAAAUCAGUCAAAUUGACACCGGGGAAGAAGAGAUCGGUUGCCCUGGAAACGAAGAUGUUAUUGAUGAUGCCACAUUGGUCCAAAGCAGUCAUCAUGAAUUACAUUACUGUGAUUUUCAUAUAGUUUACAGCAGUACAUUUAGGGUUCCAGUGCUAUAUUUUCGUUCUUACUGCAGUGAUGGAAGACCUUUGCCGUUGGAUGAAAUAGAAAAGGAUCUUCCUGCAUGCUCUUCAAAAGAAUUGUCAAAAUCAAAAUGGACAUUUAUAACUCAAGAGGAACACCCAUACUUGAAAAGACCAUGGUUCAAGUUACAUCCAUGUGGGACUGCUGAGUGGAUCAAGUUGCUUUUUCUCAGUGACACAGCUAAGCCUAAAUUUGAAGUGGUGCUGGAAUUAUAUCUUCUGUCAUGGUUCUCGGUUGUCGGUCAAAUGUUUGGUCUCAGGACCCCUUUCAAAAUUUCAAAUUAGGGCUGAUAGUAAAUUUUUUACCCUAGCUUCUACAACCAUUGAAUUUCGUAUUCUUCAUUAAAUGGUUUUUAUAUGGUUAAAUUUUAUUAACUCUAGAAUUCUACAUUCUAAAUAGAUUUCUUUUGCUUGUAUUAUUGUCAUUUGAAUGAAAGAUGUUAUAUUUAAUUGAUAAGUAAACUUACACUAGUUUCA